AUGUCUGCAUUUGGACUUUCAUCCGCUUCAGCGGAUCCUGCACGACAGGCGCAAGAUGUAAUAGACAGGAACUUGUUUCCUAUUCACUUAACGAUCGGGAGCCAGCCGUCCUAUGAUUGGAGACCAUUCCUCACAGCACUCUUCGAGCGAAAUGUAUACACAGGAGAGUCUGGGAGAAAUCCUUUGCCCACUCUAGGUGAUUCUUGGUAUGAAGUUGAUGUGCCGCAAUGGACAAGACCAAACUUCAGAAUCGACCGUGAGCUGAAACUUCCAGGCUGGCAAUACAUCGAGCGGCCGGAGCGCGACGUCUUGCGGCGGUUACGCCCAGCUCUCAGACUCGAGGAUAAAGCUCGUGCACCGGCCGAAUAUGCUCUCCGAUGGGGAAUGCAUCCCGAUCGGCCUGAUGGUGAUGGUUUGAGUUGUCUGAACCCCUCAAAUUCGCCAUCACGUCGGAUUCUGCCAGUUCUCCAGCUCCAACUAGACCAACAGGCGCAAGACGACAAAGAUGAUAUGAUCCGAGAAACAAGAAAUCAAGGCCUGGUAGGUCUUCUCAAGGUAGGAGGCCAAGAAGUCAUUGCCGUUUCGGUGUUCGAACUGCGGAAGAACGCACAACGGGCUGGCCGGGCUAGCAUUCCCGACGCGAUCCAGCCACUGUCAGUGACGAUGAAUCACCCAAAUCUCACUAUCGACCCGUUUGAUCUAGACCUGCUGAAUCAGCAAAAUCUGAACCCCACACUUCAAAAGUUCUAUGGAGGGUUGCGCGAAGAUAUCGAAUAUGGCGAGGACUGGCAACGUCUUCUAUUCAGGGGCCUAACAACAGAGGAGCUUGUUAGUGGGAAUAUACACACGAUGUCGAAUGAUAGCACCAAUGAUCUAGACAUGAGUCGGCCUCUGCAUAAUUUAUUCACUCGGAAUAAAUGGAUAGACACUGCGGGGGCUGGGACGAGUGCGGACGACCCACGCUAUUUCUAUACUAUUGGGAACCAUCGUAAGGAGUGGAACGCUAAUCGGAACACGGAGGUGUGGGACGCCUUGCAGCCCGCCUUACAAUUCGCCACACGUAUAUUGAACGAGGGCCCUCCAUUUUGGGAAUCUCUGAGAGACCUGCGUACCAGACAAUCUAUUAUUGAUCGGGAUUUGGAUCCUCGCAGGCAACCUUUAGUCACCGACUAUUUAAUAAAAAUGGUCCCAAUGGAAGCCAUAGACCUGACAAAAUGCCCAGAUCCCAUCAAGGACCUCUAUGGGGAUCGGGGAGGCUUCAGUACAGUCGGAAUUGUGGAUCAAAUACUCGAAUGUGGUCUGCGAUUCCGCAUCGUCGACGGCCAAUAUCAUCCCAAACGAGACUACUACACGGACAAAUUUUCUGACCCAUGGGAUCAAUCGUGGGAUAAAUGCGAUAGCAGCUUUUAUGGGUUUACUGACGUGGGAGUAGAUGACCCUGACACAUUCACAGUGCAUAUUUCUGCGCAGCUGAUUUGGCCCUUGUUGGUGCCAGAGUAUAGUCACAGCGAGAAACUCUGCUGCAGCUUCAUGGUAGCUGUCACAAUCUUACACGAACUUAUGCAUGCUACUCAUUAUGCGACCGCAUUCAUGUGUGGUGCGCUUGGGGAAAGAACUUUGCCUGACCAAUCUGCUCGCAUCGUAGAUCUGCUCGACCAAGCCGGCAGGGAUAUAUUCGACAUGAGUCACGCGAACGGCGAGCCAUAUUGGAAGGACGACUUCUGGGCGGAGGUGGGAAGCGCUUUCGAAUACGAAACCUUCGACAUGUCUGUUGCUGCGCUCCCUAUUGCAGAGAGCAUGACUUCCUUGCAGCCUCUGAUGUUGGAAGGCUAUUCAUGGCCAGCGGUCUUCUGUGAAGACGAGGGCUUUUUGAAUGUAGCAAAGCCUGUCGUCGACUUUAGCCGACCAAUAAGGAUCGACUGGGUGGCAAAAUGUUUCAACCAGACUUUCUGGGACGAAGACAUAGCAGCUUUUGGUCUCGAGUGGAUCAAGCUGUCAGCUCCAGACGAGGACGACUUCACGCUGAUGUCGUGCGACUGGUACCACAGGAAGGUCACUGAAUUACUCGUCUCAAAGAUGAACUUGGACUUCUUCGAAACUGUCUACACGAUGCUUGAGCGAAGAGGGCACACAAUCUUGGCCAAUUAUUGCAAGUCUUGUCUGGUGGAAAUGAGGGGAGUCUUGUCCAUAAAGUCUCGCUAUCACCAGGAAUAUCUACAGCGUGUAGAGCAUAAUCAAUCAGAAGUGAUGAUCGACCCUCUACCUACUGCCCUGGAUAAAAUGUAUAAUGCAGCCAGGCUAGGAGUGCUGGUUUUGAAUCACUGGGGAAACCCUGACCGCAGGGCCAGCCAUGCAAGCUGGCUGGUCACCUUUCCCAGUUCCGCCCGGCUGGUGUCUGAUGAUGAAUGGCAUGCUGGACUACAGGAGCUUCUCAUUGUCACAUUCUGUAACGUCGGGACACUCUUGAAGCACGUUAAAGACUUGCAUAACAUCCAUCUGCGGCAGUUUGGAAGGCUUCAGCAUUACAUUUACGAAUAUUUCCAGCAAAAUAAGCAGGGCCGGUAUGACCUCUGGCCCCAUGACCAAGAGAACGUCCAGUUCGGCUGGGUAGAGAUGACACUUGGCACGUAUAGAAAAGCGGCCAGAGAUAUAGCAAAUCUUCUUUGGAGGAUCUCCCAAAAUGAACGCUUUCGGGGCCAGGACGACACAAGUUGGAUGCUAGAAUGGAACAACCACUUUGCAAAUCUCGCGACGACACUUGACGCGUUGCAUGAGGAUCUUAUAGGGGACCAUGUGAUCAAGAAGGACGACAAUGAGGUCGAGGACAUACUGGGUAGACUCAAGGUUCCCUCGUCGGCCGCUAAGAGCAGAACGCAGCAGCUGCAGAGAUUCUUCGAGCUGGAACGGGACCUGGCCAGCCCCGGAAUUCGCGAUACCAUUGACAAGUUCAUGGAUGAUUACGCAAGGCUGGGCGCAUUAGCCCAAGGAAGAACACUUCCUUUUCUUGAAAGCAGUCUCUCGCCAAGACCAGUGAGAGCACAAGCAUGGAGGCGUUCGACACCUAACCCUAGUAUACGAGUAGUUAGUCUGAGUGGUCUCGCCAAUGCGUACAGUCCCUCGACAACAGGGAUAGCAUCGCCAAUGAACACCACGCCGACAAGGACAAACAUGAUACCACCUCUAGUGCCGGGGAUAAGUAGCGCGCCCGUAACUUUCGUACGUCCCCAGCUCCCCCCGGGGGCAGAAAGACGUUUCAAUGUUAGCUGUUUUGCCGAUCGACUGGCCGCGAUAUCACUGUCGGUCGCUCGACCGGCUCGAGAUAUCAUGGCGGCUAAGUUGAGUAGCAGUAACGCUCCGCGGCCAUGAAGCAGCAGCACCAACACAGAAGCUGGGAAGGAUCGUGUAAUAAGCCAGGGUUUCCUCCAUCAGCCAGGCUUCCAUAACCAGUAUCUGU